AUAAACAUCUGAUGAAGCCAUGACCAGGUGGGCACGAGUUACUACCACACAGAACAAAAGACCCUUCCCUGCAACAUCAUGGGAGGACAUGAAGAAGGGGUUCUUUGAGGGGAAAAGCCAAAACCUACCAAAGAGUAAACAACUUGAAGCCAAUAGUCUGUCCCUUAAAACUGAUGCACCCCAAGCAAAACACAAAAAGAAUAAAAAGAAAAAGGAGUAUUUAAAUGAAGAUGUGAAUGCAUUCAUGGAAUAUCUAAGACAAAACUCACAGAUGGUUCACAAUGGGGAGAUGAUAGCAACAGACAGUGAGGAAGAAGUCAGGGAAGAAAUUGCAGUUGCUUUAAAGAAAGACAGUCGCCGGGAAGGAAGACGAUUAAAAAGACAAGCAGCAAAGGAAAAUGCAAUGGUAUGUUUCCAUUGUAGAAAACCUGGCCAUGGGAUUGCAGAUUGCCCAGCUGCCCUUGAGAAUCAAGAAAUGGGCACUGGAAUAUGUUACCGGUGUGGAUCCACAGAGCAUGAAAUAACCAAGUGCAAGACUAAAGUUGACCCAGCUUUUGGUGAAUUUCCUUUUGCAAAAUGUUUUGUUUGUGGGGAAAUGGGACACUUGUGCAGAUCUUGUCCUGAUAAUCCCAAAGGACUCUAUGCUGAUGGUGGUUGCUGCAGACUUUGUGGCUCUGUGGAACAUUUUAAGAAAGAUGGUCAGAAUUCAGAUCGAAUGGUCACAGUUGGUUGCUGGGCAAAGGGAAUGAGUGCGGACUAUGAAGAAAUUUUGGAUGUGCCUAAACCACAGAGACCCAAAACAAAGAUACCUAAAGUUGUUAAUUUUUGAUGAUUAGUACUAUCGUUUGUUAGCACUUCAUUGUUAAACAUUUGGAACUGGGCCUACUUCAUAAGUUGGAGCUGGACUCUCCCUUGGAGUCCUAUAUUGUAGAUAUCAGUAUAACCUAGGUGUGGUCAAACCAGUUCUUGAGUUCUGUCCAUCAAGGCACACUUCUACCAUUGUUUGGAGAAAAUCAUUGAAAAAAAGUAUAAUAUGUUUAAAAUGGAUUUUCUAAAAGAAUAUAUUUUUAACCAGUAGAGCUUAGGUGUAACUAAGUGGUUAUAUACCUGACUGUAACAAUCAUCUUUUUCUAAAAACAAAAUUAUGCAUUAAUAUGAACUAUCCCUAAACAUAGGGUACCUGCUUUGCAUUAGGAAAUGAAUUUUUGGUUAUAUUGUUUUCUUGGUUCAAAGUAUCAAUUUAUUAUUAUAUUAGAAAUUAAUUUAUAAUUGCCACAAAAUCUGUAUUUUUAAAAUAUUUAAUAAAAACUCACUUGCUAUUUAAAAAAAAAA